CCUGGCUCAGGUAAGAGGGCUGGGCUCAUUAUAAGUAAAUGCAGCUUGGAAAGGUGCGGGGAAGAAACGACUUUGCUCUUUUCUUUACACACAAAUAAAGUAAAAACACUGGGAUAUCAUGCGGUUCAGCAUACUCUUCUUCAUCGUUCUCCUGGGCUUCCUCUACCUCACACUAGCACAAGGCUCGUAUGAGGACUGCUGUCUGAAGUACGUGAAAAAAGUGAAACAUUCCACGAGGAACAGAGUGAUUAGCUACAGAAAACAAGAGCUGGACGGAGGCUGCAACAUUCCCGCGACUGUCUUCACAUUGAAACAUGGACGUGUAUUCUGUGCUGACCCCAGAGAGAAAUGGGUGCAGGAACUGAUGCAAAGGUUGGACAGCGUUUCGGAUGGCUCUACUAUGAAGAAGUAUUCAAGGGGCUAAACACGCCAGUGACGGCCGUGAGAAGACCUGAGGGGAAAGCUGCCCGAACGUCUCGGCCAAUCACAUUGUUUCUUCGAGUGGUGUGGCUCCUCCCAUUGUCUUCAUAAAGCUUUGAGUGUUGGCUCCUUGAGCCCACAAUGUUUCAUUAUGGACUGACUGAAGUUCUCAACAUUUCCUGUGUUCUGUUCUGUGCUUGCUGUGGUGUCAGGUGCCAUUUACUGUUUCCAAACCUCUGUUGUUUCACUGACGGACUGCUGGUUUAAUGCUCAGAAUGGAAAGAAUAAUUACUAGCCCUUUUCAGGCUGCUUUCACCCUCAGUUAAAUACUCUGUUCCAAAACCUAGUGAGCUGCCUUGCUGUCUACAGUCUAGAGGUUGACCAAUAGUGGAUUUUGCUGAUACUGAUAACUUAGGUGGUGGAAAAGGCCAAUAACCAAUUAAUCGGCCAAUUGUUGUUAAAAUCGAUUCAUAGAAUAUUACAACAUUUUCUUAGUCGGCACAGACAUAGAGGUCAGAGUCCAAAAUGAAUUCAAACCCAGAUUUAGUUUAUUUUCAACCAAAAUCCCAAUAAUAAUCACACACAAAAAAAAGAUGAUAGGGUGCAUAACAUGGGACUUUUAACACUAAACAAGACAGAAAAACACCAGGGACUUUUAUUUUGAAAUGACGGAGACUUGGCUCCAUUACAAUGCUCUAUAUUUAAUAUUUACCAAAUUAAGAUUUUUAUAGCCUAUAUAUUAUUAUUAUUCACAAUAUGAAGUUGAAGAUACAAUGUAUGUGCUGAUGAGGAACAUUUCUAUAUAGUCAUAUUUUAUUUUGCAUGCCCUCACUUCAAUUUAGAAAAACGUAAUUUUCAGAGGAACACUAUCGGCACCGAUUAAUCGGUAAAACCGAUAUACCGGUCUACCUCUACUACAGUCUAUGUAGACAGCGACCUAUUACGCAGUAACAGGUUUCUAAGCUAAAAAUGUGAUACUCUGAUUAGCAUUAAAAUUAAUAGCAAAAAUAAAGUAGUCCAUAAAGUAAUUUUUCUGUGUUUGGCUAUAAAAAUAAAUAAAUAAUUGCUUUUAAACGCAAGAACAUUUUUGUUCUGAACGAAGGUAUUUAAGAUGGCAGCAAAAUCGUGCUGCUUACCUUUUUGUAACUGCCUUCACAGUGCAUCUACGUUACCUUAAAAUGCUGCCUACGAAGGCAGCUUACUAGGUUUCAGAACAGAACUUAUAUGUAUAGCGUCAAUAUGAGGGUUGUAUGAUUAAGCUAUUGCAGCAUGAACUUUCACUUUACACACUUCGGUUUAGUGCUUCCUGCCAUUAUCUAUAAUAAACAGUCAGAGUGAUAAAAAUGCUUGGCAAAAAUUAUCCAUAAAUAUUGGUGGGAAAGAUUUGUAAGCAAAGCAUAUAUAAUCUCCUUAUUAAUUACUGCUGACGCACCAUGAAGUGAUUUCUGAAUUUGUACGAUACUAUAACACAGUGUUAAUUAAGAUUUGUAAUUGUGCUUCAGGCAAUAAGCUUAAUAAGUGAUUAUUUUCUGCUUAUUAAUAAGAUACAUAUUCAUCAAUCUCAUUUCAAAAUUUAUAUUUUUUCAAUUUUUUUAAUUCUACAAAUAUCUGAAACUGUAUUGAGCUUCCGUUUUGUAUGUUUGGUCUAUUUUGUAUUUAAAUGAAUCUGUUUUUUCUAGAAAAAUGUUUAAUGUCACAUUUAAUUUUCACUUUAACAAUUGAUCCAGUGAGAAUGUAACUUUAUAGUGGAAGUUAUGAAAUGAAUUUUAUUGUUUGGCUGUUUUGCAACUGGUUCAUUAGAUCUUUGGCUUUACUUGGCUGUCCUAUAUCAGAUAAAGAAUUUGCUUAUAUAAAAAAUAAAAUGCAUAACUCACUCUAUUUAUUUGAUACAUAAGGAAAAAAUACAGUCAGCUGGUCAUUAUCUCAAAAUACACCUCCUCUUAGCGUAGCUUUGCUUAUUACAUGGCUACUUACCAUAUACGUAAGUAAUGGACACAAAAUAUUAAUUCUUUGUUUAAAUGUUUACAUAAGGGAUGCACCAAAAUGAAACUAUUUGUCCGAUGAACAAAAACCUAUAAGCCGAUAACGAUACCGAUAUUUUGAAAGUUACCAUAUUUUGUCAUCAGAACACUGUUUUACUUAUAAAUGCUUAGAAAUUGUACAAAGAGGUGCAAAAGCUUUUACAGUGUUCUAAUAAUAUAUAUUUCCCAUUGAACAUGGAUUGAAUCUGUUACUAAUUAAUGAUAAAUAAACCAUCUGUGUUUUCAUGCUUAUUA